CAUUUCCCUGUGACUGUGUCAAUCAAUCAUCAUCCUCCUCUUCUACAUUCCACAUUUCACAGAGAAAAUGAAUGAGCAGCAACCCUCUCCCUUAGCUCCUCCAGUAAUGGCACCAGACUGGUCACAACUCAUCUCUGGAACCCUCUCUCACGUGAUAAGCAACUCACUCUUCAUUUCCCUCACGUUAUUGAUUUCAACGAACACCGUGUCAUCGAUCUAGGUUGUGAAUUUGUCAUUGGUAAUUUUCCUUCUAAAUCUUCUCAAUAUUCGCUUUCUCUUAGCUCACUCUACAAGAAAAAGGCGGUUGUUUAUAACGAUCAUUCUCCUGUUCUUCUCACUAUUCAUGUUUCUGGAAAACUUGCAAUUUUACCAAGUGGUGAUGAACUGUGGACGAUAAUUCCUGAAUUGCCGAUGCCUUUUGAUGAUGUAUGUGUCUUCAAUGGGCAGCCUAUUGCUGUCGAUGGCACCGGUAGGACUGUCACGGUAGAGCCGGACUUAAGCUUGGAGUUGGUGGCAGAGGCUGUGUUUGAUGGAGGUAAAAAAUUCUUGGUGGAGAGUGAUGGUGAGUUGUUGCUAGUUGAUAAGUAUUUUUCUUCUUUGAAUGAUUACGAUGUUAUAGAUGUUGAUGAUGAUGAUUAUUUUGGGAUUGUAAUGGGAAGGGAUGUGAGAUUUGAUGUGUUUAGGCUUGAUGAGAGGGAGAAAAAGUGGGUGGAGGUGAGAAAUUUGGGGGAUAGGGUUUUGUUUUUGGGGGAAGAUUGUGCUUUUUCCGCUUCAGCUUUAGAUUUGUGUAUUGGCAAUGGGAACUGUGUGAUAUUUAGGGAUGAUGUUUUUCACAAUUUUCAUUCCAAUGAGGUUGGGAUCGGUGUUUUUCAUUUGGAUCAACGUCGAAUUUCUCCUUUUUCUGAUUUACUUGGUUCUUCGGAGUUGUUCUGGCCACCUCCAGAAUGGGUCGGGUUGCGUAUUGACGACAACAGAGUAUUGAUCUUGGACUGAAAGGUUGUGAAGAAGCCCUUUGUUCUUUGUUGCAAGUUUCGGCAAUACUGCAAAUGAUUGCGCCAAUAGACAUUGGGAAAUCCUACUGUUUUUUUUUUCUUGUGUAGUUUUGAUGUAUAGGGGACAUAAAGAUGAACAAUAUUGCUUAGUCAAUUAACAAGAUACUAUCUCCAUCAUUCUUGUUAGUGUAUCUAGUGCCAUGACUGCUAUCACUGGAACCUAAUUCUGUACAUUAAAAUAACCUUCUUAAUGUAAUAUUUCAGCUUUGCCAGACUGUCCUAAAUUCUA